GAUGCAGACUCAAGAAUGAAUACUCCGUCAGAAACCAGUAAAUCUGUAAAAAUGGAGAGCGGGAAUGGGGACACAGGCACACAGACAAAUGGCCUAGACUUUCAGAAACAGACUGUGCCUACUAUUCCAGGGGCAAUUUCCACAGCCCAGGCGUUCCUUGGACAUCUUCAUCAGGUUCAGCUUCCUGGAUCAAGUUUACAAGCUGCUGCCCAGUCCUUAAAUGUACAGUCUAAAUCUAAUGAAGAAUCUGGGGACACUCAACAGCCAAGCCAGCCUUCACAGCAGCCUUCAAUUCAGGCGGCCAUACCGCAAACACAGCUUAUGUUGGCUGGAGGGCAGAUAACUGGGCUUACGUUAACACCAGCCCAGCAGCAAUUAUUGUUACAACAGGCACAGGCACAGUUGCUGGCAGCUGCAGUGCAGCAUUCAGCCAGUCAGCAGCACAAUGCUGCAGGGGCCACCAUCUCAGCUUCUGCUGCAACGCCCAUGACACAGAUUCCUCUAUCUCAGCCGAUACAAAUUGCACAGGAUCUGCAGCAUCUACAGCAGCUCCAGCAACAAAAUCUCAAUCUGCAACAGUUUGUCUUGGUGCAUCCAACAACCAACUUGCAACCAGCACAGUUCAUCAUCUCACAAACACCGCAGGGGCAGCAGGGUCUCCUGCAAGCGCAGAAUCUCUUAACGCAACUACCUCAGCAAAGCCAAGCCAACCUCCUGCAGUCUCAGCCAAGCAUCACUUUCACCUCUCAGCCAGCAACCCCAACACGCACAAUAGCAGCGACCCCUAUUCAGCCACUUCCACAGAGCCAGACAACACCAAAGCGAAUUGAUACACCCAGCUUGGAAGAGCCCAGUGAUCUUGAGGAGCUUGAGCAAUUUGCCAAGACUUUUAAACAAAGACGGAUCAAACUUGGAUUCACUCAGGGUGAUGUUGGGCUCGCUAUGGGUAAACUAUAUGGAAAUGAUUUCAGUCAAACUACUAUUUCUCGCUUUGAAGCCUUGAACCUCAGCUUUAAGAACAUGUGCAAGUUAAAACCACUUCUGGAAAAGUGGCUCAAUGAUGCAGAAAACCUCUCAUCUGAUUCAGCUCUUUCCAGCCCAAGUGCCCUGAAUUCUCCAGGGCUGGGGAUUGAAGGCUUGAACCGUAGGAGGAAGAAACGCACCAGCAUAGAGACCAACAUACGUGUGGCCUUAGAGAAGAGUUUCCUGGAGAACCAAAAGCCUACCUCGGAAGAGAUAACCAUGAUAGCUGACCAGCUGAAAAUGGAAAAAGAGGUGAUCCGUGUUUGGUUCUGUAAUCGGCGCCAGAAGGAAAAAAGAAUUAACCCACCUAGUAGUGGUGGAACCAGCAACUCGCCCAUCAAAGCAAUGUUCCCUUGUCCAACUUCAUUGGUGGCAACUACGCCAAGCCUUGUGACAAGCAGUGCAGCUACCACUUUGACUGUCAACCCUGGGCUCCCUUUAACCAGCGCAACUGUAACUAGUUUGGCAGUCACAGGCACCACAGAAACCAUACCCAACAAUACAGCAACCGUAAUUUCUACGGCACCUCCAGCUGCCUCGGCAGUAACAUCACCCUCCCUAAGUCCUUCUCCUUCUGCCUCUGCUUCCACAUCUGAGGCAUCCAGUGCCAGUGAGACAACCACAACCCAGACAACCUCCACCCCCUUGACCUCGGCACUUGGGACCAGCCAGGUGAUGGUAACUGCUUCUGGUUUGCAAACUGCAGCAGCAGCAGCUGCACUACAAGGAGCUGCACAAUUGCCUGCAAAUGCAAGUCUGGCUGCUAUGGCAGCUGCGGCAGGAUUGAAUCCAGGCUUGAUGGCAUCUUCCCAAUUUGCAGCUGGAGGUGCCUUACUUAGUCUCAAUCCUGGGACGCUAGGUGGUGCUCUCAGCCCAGCUCUGAUGAGCAACAGUACAUUGGCAACUAUUCAAGCUCUUGCAUCUGGUGGCUCUCUUCCAAUAACAUCGCUGGAUGCAACUGGGAACUUGGUAUUUGCCAAUGCUGGAGGUACACCCAACAUCGUAACUGCCCCACUGUUCUUGAACCCUCAGAAUCUUUCACUGCUCACCAGCAACCCAGUUAGUUUGGUCUCUGCAGCUGCAGCCUCCGCAGGGGCCUCUGGACCAGUUGCCAGCCUUCAUGCCACCUCCACCUCAGCAGAAUCUAUCCAGAACUCUCUCUUCACAGUAGCUUCAGCCAGUGGGGCUGCUUCCACCACCACUACGGCCUCCAAGGCACAGUGAGUUGGGCUGAGCUGUGCUAACCCUAGCCUGUUUCAUGCUGCAGUGAGUUUGGCUGUCAGCCGGGCUUCUGAACUGCAAAUUGUGAUUGGCUUCCUCCUGCCAUCUUACUGGGGACAAGGGAGAGAAGGAAAAAUAUUAGAAACAGGAAAAAAAAAACAGCAAGAAAAAGAAGGAUUUAAAACUGGGACAAACAGUUGCCUAAUUUUAUAAGAAACACUGUCUUUUCAGGAUUGCUUCAUUGAUUGGAGAACU